AUGGGCUCCGGGACGAGCUCCUGCUGCGGCGGCGCCGAGAAGGUGGGGCACGGGUGCGUGAGCGCGUCAUCGGGCGCCGCGGCGGGGACGGGCAGCGGCGGCGGCAGCACGUGGAGGAUCUACAGCUACAAGGAGCUCCACGCCGCCACGGGCGGCUUCAGCGAGGAGAACAAGCUCGGCGAGGGCGGCUUCGGCAGCGUCUACUGGGGCAAGACCCCCGACGGCGUCCAGAUCGCCGUCAAGCGCCUCAAGCCCAACAACAACAACUCCAAGGCCGAGAUGGAGUUCGCCGUCGAGGUCGAGGUGCUCGCCCGCGUCCGCCACCGCAACCUGCUGGGGCUCCGCGGGUACUGCGCCGGCGCCGCCGCCGACCAGCGCAUGAUCGUGUAUGAUUACAUGCCCAACCUCAGCCUCCUGUCCCACCUCCACGGCCAGUUCGCCUCCGACGCCACCCUCGACUGGCGCCGCCGUGUGGGUGUGGCCGUUGGUGCCGCCGAGGCGCUUGUGCACCUCCACCACGAGGCUUCUCCCAGCAUCAUCCACCGGGACAUCAAGGCCAGCAACGUGCUGCUUGACUCCGACUUCGCGCCGCUCGUCGCUGAUUUUGGGUUCGCCAAGCUCGUCCCCGACGGCGUCUCGCACAUGACCACCAGGGUCAAGGGCACCCUCGGCUACCUCGCGCCGGAGUACGCCAUGUGGGGCAAGGUCUCCGGGGCGUGCGACGUGUACAGCUUCGGCAUCCUUCUCGUCGAACUGGUGUCGGGCAGGAAGCCUAUCGAGAGGCUGCCGUCGGGUGCCAAGCGCACCAUCACCGAGUGGGCGGAGCCCCUCAUCGCGCGCGGCCGGCUCGGGGACCUCGUGGACCCGCGCCUCCGUGGCGUCUACGACGCGGCGGAGCUGGCGCGCAUGCUCGAGGCCGCCGCGCUCUGCGUGCAGGGGGAGCCCGAGCGGCGUCCGGACAUGCGCGCCGUCGUGCGGAUCCUGCGCGGCGCGACUGCCGCUCCUGACGGCGCGGCCGCGGCGGCCUCCAAGGGGGGCAACGACGCCCAGGUCCGGCCUGCGGUGAGGAUGGAGAGCGUCAAGUACGCAGACCACCUUAUGGAGACGGAGAACAGCGUGUACUCCGGCGACGGGGACGAGGACGAGGUAGACGACGAGAAGGAGGCCGCCGACUACAGCAGCGACGAGGUGGAGGAGUACUCGCUGAUGGACGACCAGAGCAGCAUGAACUUCGGCGUGUUCGGCGCCAUGCCGGUGGUGCCGGUGCAGACCAUGCACGACCCCUACGUCAGGAGGUUUGGAGGAAAUGGCGUCAAGAUAUGA